GCAGCUGAAAAGAAAAGUCACGGAGCAUCAUCAAGGAAGUGCUUUGAUGCAAAAAGACUCUGGUCUCUCUUAAAUGUCCCGGCAAGCAAGCAGCAGCUUCCAGCUUUAAAAACAACUGGUACACCAAACUCAGCAGAAAUUUGGAAAGACGCACACAUCCAAAAACCAUUGGCAAGAGUCCACCGAAUCUGUAGAACUUCAAAAAUUCAGUGUUUAUUUCAAAAAUGAAAGAAAUUUUAGCCAACAUUCUCAGCACAACCUGUUUAAUGAUAUCUUUAUGGCACUAAUGAAGAACAGGCUGGGAUGCAGGGAAUGGAUUGACAGAGCUCCGGCUGUUCAUUUGCUUCGGGUGUUGAUCUGUUUGCGGCUAUUAAUGCGGGACCCAUUCUAUCAGGGGGUGCUUCACCAGAUCAAUGGCAUCAACAUUCUUACACAGUACAUGCAGACAACAUGUAACACAUACCUUUCAUCUGGUGAAGAUGAGUUUAAUAUUGACAAGUUGGUCAAUAUGACCUAUAUUUUUCAAAAAAUUGCUGCCGCAAAAGAACAAAGGGAAUGGGUAAUUCAAAGUGGAGCACACAAAGUAAGGAACCAGCUUGUUUGUGUUCACUUUCAUACCACAGCA